AUGGAGCAGGGUCCGUACGAUCUGAUGAUGGCCGUUCUGUUUGGAGAUUCGGCCAUCGUCCCAGAGAAGUUAACGCUGCUCUACCGGUCAACACAUCUCCCCUCACGUCUUGCUCCGCACAUCUCUUCCACAAUCUCACAGGCCAUGAAGCAGAUGAUGAUGUACCCCAAGCAGUGCAUUAAGGACAUAGAUCUCUUCAGUACCCUUAACCAAAAUCAACUCCGCCGCUGGAACAGAGUUCAGCAGUCACCAACGGCAUCAGUGUUGGAAUUGAUCCAUGGACAUGCGCGGGCCGACCCUGACCAUCUUGCGAUUGUUGCUUGGGAUGGAACUAUAACGUACUCGCAACUGGAAUUGCUUACAUCACAGUUGGCAAGCCACCUUCAAACUUGCGGGAUUGGACCUGAAUGCCUGGUUCCAAUCAUGGCAGAUCGUUCCAUGUGGGCCGUAGUUGGGGAGCUAGCAAUCCUAAAAGCGGGAGGCGCUUUUGUGCCCAUAGAUCCUUCUCAACCUGUGGAGAGAGUAAAGAGCAUGAUGGUACAAGCCAAUGCUAAGAUUGCUCUUUCCUCGCCACAUCUAGUGGGCAGUCUCUCCAGCCUUGUUGACACCGUUAUCGCCAUAUCCCCAGACACAAUGUCAAGGCUUCCUAAGCCCCGGUGCGAUGCAGUCUAUUAUGCCUGCCCUGAUCGCACGGCCUAUGUGCUCUUCACUUCGGGGAGCACCGGCCAGCCUAAAGGAUGUGUUGCUGGGCUGACGGCAUUAAGCGAUGUAGUGAACCAGACUGCAGCGCUCAAGAUCAACAGUGAGAGUCGAGUGCUACAAUUUGCCUCGUACAGCUUUGGGAUGUCUUUGAUUGAGAUCUACUGCACCCUAGCAGCUGGUGCUACCAUUUGCAUUCCGUCAAAGAAAGACCGGUUAAAUAAUUUGAGCAAUGCUAUUAAAAAGAUGCGGAUCACCUGGGCCCUUCUUACUCCAUCAACAGCCAUAUCCCUGGGUGGCUCAGUAGAAUGCUUGAAGACGCUUGUUUUGGCGGGGGAACCUAUGGGCAUCGAACAUAUCCAGCAGUUAGCAAGUCGGCUAGAGCUACUUCAGGCAUUUGGAUUCACCGAAUGGGCCGGCAUUUGUUGCGUCUCGCAACCGAUCAAGUCUGAGGCUGAUAUCCGAUCCAUCGGUGUCUCGCCCACGGCGAGUCUAUGGCUCGCAGAUCCCACGGACUGCAACAAGCUGGCUCCGGUUGGCGCUGUUGCUGAACUCCUGGUUGAAGGGCCGGCAUUAGUGGAAGGCUAUCUCAAAGACGUUCCGCAGACAGCUACAGCGUUCAUUGAAAGCCCACCCUGGCUCCGCACGCUACGUCCUGAGAAACAUGUUGGGGUCAGAAUAUACAAAACGGGUGACCUGGUGCAAUAUCAAGCCGAUGGAAGCAUCCGGUACGUUGCACGGAAGAGCACCCAAGUGAAAAUCAGGGGCAUGAGGGUUGAACUUGGAGAGGUAGAAUACCAGAUCCGACAAUCAAGCCCGCAGCUGGAAAAGGUCAUUGUUGAAGCCGCGGCUCCAGCAAAAUCUAACGGGAUCCCUAUCCUCGUCGCUUUUUUGUACUCGGCUAACCCAGCAGCACUAACGGGACAGUCUCUUUCACACUUGCUCGCGAUGAUCAGGAACAGAUUGGAGCAGACUUUGCCAGAAUAUAUGCGGCCCGCCGUCUACUUUCCCUUGCAUUCAGUCCCUGUGACUAUCACAGGCAAAGUUGAUCGACGUGCUCUUCGUGCAUUUAUUCUAAUAUCCACCCGCAAGGACCUGGAGACGCACCAAACCCCUACAUCUCCUACAGUUGCACCGAAUACCAACGUGGAAAAGGUAUUGCAUCGCCUUUUUGCAGAAGUACUGAACCUCGACUUGUCUUCCUUUGGCAUCCAUGAGAGGUUUAUUCAGUUGGGCGGCGAUUCGGUGACUGCCAUGCUUCUCGUCAACAAAUGCAAGAAGCAUAGCUAUAGGCUGACUGUGGCGACGAUUCUCAGAGAGCAAACUAUAUCCAAGCUAGCUCUGCUCAUCGAUCAGCCGACCGCAAUUGAGGGCCACUUCUCUCCAUCGAUGGAGAUGUCCUUGGUCAAAGAACCGGCCGCUGGACUUGUCGAGAAGAUCGAAAGGAAUCCCGUAAUAGAUGAAUAUGUUCCUAUCGCCAGCGUCCCUUACUCUGGACCUCUCGAGCAGUCCUUUUCCCAGGGCCGCCUAUGGUUUCUGGAGCAGCUUUAUCCCGACUCAAUAUGGUAUUUGCUGCCGUUUGCAACGAGGGUUCGAGGACCGCUCCAGCUGCGUGCCCUUGAAAUAGCGGUCUCUGCUCUUACAGAGCGCCACGAAACACUUCGCACAGUAUUCGAGGACUGUCGUGGCAUUGGCCUGCAGAUUGUUCGGCCCUUCACGGAGAAGCCAUUGACGGUAGUUGACAUACCUUCUGGGUCAGAAGCCGGUCUUAGGGUAGCCCUUCACCAGCAACAGACCACGCCGUUUGAUCUGACCAGGGAGCCGGGAUGGCGAGUAGCAGUCUUCCGCAUGGGCCCCGAUGACCAUGUGCUUUCGAUCGUCAUGCAUCAUAUCAUAUCCGAUGGAUGGUCAGUAGACAUCCUUACCAAGACGCUAGGCAUAUUCUAUGCCGCGGCUCUCCGGGGUGAGCCACCAUUAGCCCGAGUUGAGCCACUCCCAAUCCAGUACCGGGACUUCUCCGUUUGGCAGCGGCAGGAGGGACAGACCGUUGAGCACGAAAUGCAGCUGGAAUACUGGGUAGACCAGCUUGACGGUAGUCAGCCGGCAGAGUUCUUAUGUGACAAGCAAAGGCCAGCCAUGCUCUCAGGUGUGGCAGGUUGCCAGGAUGUUAAGAUAGAUGGCUCGCUUUACCAGGACCUACAGCGAUUCUGCCGGAGUAGCCAAACAACCGCCUUUACCGUUCUUCUUGCUGCAUUCAGAGCUACCCAUUAUCGGCUGACAGGGGUCGAAGACGCGACAGUCGGUAUUCCAAUUGCAGGUCGCAACCGGCCGGAGCUGGAGGGGCUCAUUGGCUUUUUCGUUAACGUGCAAUGUAUCCGGAUAAGGGUAGAAGAUCAAUCUUUCCAACAACUGGUUCGCCAAGUCCAUACAACCACCGCAGCUGCAUUUGAGAAUCAAGAUGUUCCCUUCGAGAAAAUCGUGUCGAAGUUACAGAAAGAUCGCGACAUGUCUCGUCAUCCGCUCGUGCAGGUUACAUUUGUGGUGCACUCGCAAGCAAACUUCGGGGAGUUCUCUUUUGAGGGUUUAGAGACUAGAAAGCUCAGCCUCCCACAAGUCUCAAGGCUUGAUCUUGAGUUUCACCUGUACCGAGGCCAAGAGUGCCUUACAGGUAACAUCCUUUAUUCGGAAGACCUGUUCAAUCCCGAGACCAUAAAGGUCAUGCUUUCAGUGUUUUAUGAUGUCCUUCUGCAAGGCAUCAGUCAACCAGAUACGCAAAUUGGCUCUUUACCUCUGACAGACGGCUAUUCCGCGCUCUCCGAGAUGGGACUAAUCUACCCAGAGCCCAGGGACUAUCACCAGGAGUGGAAUAUAGUCGACCUCUUCCAACGGCAGGUUGCUGCUACCCCACACCAAAUCGCCGUCAAAGAGACCUUCUUCCAGUUGACCUAUAAUGAGCUGGACCAACGAUCUACCCAGGUCGCCCUCUGGCUGACCCAACAGUCAUUCAUCAAGGAAACUGCUAUUGGAGUGUUAGCCAAUCGAUCUUGCGAGACUAUUGUCGCUCUCCUGGGUAUUCUGAAGGCAGGAUUAGCAUACGUCCCAUUGGACCCCAAACUUCCCAUUGAGAGAAUGAAGACGGUCCUUUCAUGCUUGCCAAGCGGCAACCUUGUUCUUUUAGGAUCAGGAAUUACGGUCCCUCCUAUACCAGGUCGAGGUUGUCGAUUCCUCCAUAUUGCAGAUACUUUCGCUGGGACCAUAAAGAAGGUCAAUAAAUCCCAGACCCCGCUUCUACCAAUUUGUCCCACAAGUCUGGCAUACAUUCUGUUUACUUCCGGCACAACGGGAAAGCCCAAAGGAGUCAUGGUCGAACACCGUGGCAUAGUUCGACUUGUUAAAGAUGCAAAUAUCAUCAAUCAGUCAGCUAACUCCAAAGCUAUUUCCCACAUGCUGAACCCGGCUUUCGAUGCCUCCGGACUGGAGAUAUACACCGCGCUUCUGAAUGGUGGAACUUUGAUCUGCCUUGACGCCCAAGCAGUCUGGGACUAUGCCAUGUUGGAGCAGAUCUUUGCCAAAGAAAACAUCCGAAUCGCAUUUAUGACAACGGCUAUGUUGAAACAGUUUCUCACCCACUGUCCAGCCAUAAUUGGCUGCCUAGAAAUUCUAUGUCUCGGGGGAGAUCGACUGGACCGGGAAGAUGUUGCCAAGGCGAGGAAGUUGGGAGAAGCCAAAAUCAUCAAUUCAUAUGGGCCCACUGAGAAUUCAGUGGUCAGCACCAUGUAUUGCAUUCCACCGGACGAAGAAGCCAUCAAUGGUGUCCCGAUUGGUCGGCCAAUCAUUGAUACGGGCGCUUAUGUGAUGGACCCAAAACUCCGACUUGUGCCCAUCGGGGUCAUGGGAGAGCUCGUUGUCACUGGAAGUGGGCUGGCUAGAGGCUAUACUAAUCUCGAGCUCAACGCCGGCCGCUUUCUUACGGUGGAUAUCGGUGGGCAAGUUACCAGGGCGUACCGGACGGGCGAUCUGGUUCGGUACAGGCCCAGUGAUGGCCAGUUGGAAUUCUUCGGUAGAAUGGACCAACAGGUCAAAAUCCGAGGCCAUCGCGUCGAGCUGGCGGAAAUCGAUAAUUCUCUUCUCACGCACCGCUCGGUUGAUUCUGCUGUGACCGUGCUUCAGAUGCUUGGGGACCGAGACCAAGAACUCGUUAGCUUUGUCACAGUCCAUGACAUGCACGAUUUGGAGACUGGGCCUAAGCAGCCCGGUACCCAGAGCGAGGUCGAGCAAGUUGACGCUUGGGCGAGCCUCUUUGAUGGAGAUACGUAUGACAGCCUUGCUUCUAUCCAACAACACGAGCUCGGCAAGGACUUUCGUGGCUGGACGUCCAUGUAUGAUGGAGGGGAGAUUGAUAGGAUGGCAAUGGAGGAAUGGCUAGAGGACACCGUUGCAUCCAUACGAAGUGGUAGCCAUGUAGCCACCAGUGCUCUGGAAAUUGGAACAGGGAGCGGCAUGGUCCUUUUCAAUUUGGUCCAUGAUUUCCAGCAAUACAUGGGCUUGGAACCAUCAGCCAAGGCAGUUCAAUUCAUCCAUGAGUCACUCCGCUACGUCCCCGAAGUUGCAGAAAGAGUGUAUCUCCAGCAGGGCACAGCCAGUGAUAUUACCAGCCUUGGAAGCCCCGGCCCAGUCGACAUCGCUAUUGUUAACUCAGUGGCUCAGUACUUCCCGUCCGCCAGGUAUUUGCUCGAGACUAUCAAAGACCUGGUGCAAUCGCAAGGCGUGAAGUACAUCUUCUUUGGCGACAUACGGUCCUACGCACUGUAUCGGGAAUUCCAAGUAAGCAAAGCCCUCCACCAAUAUGGAGAGGGAGCAAAAAUUGACGAUAUUCAACACGUGAUGGCUGAAACUACCCAUAUGGAGGAAGAACUGCUCUUGGAUCCGGCCUUCUUCACCGCGCUGCCAACCCAGCUGCCGGAGCUGAUAGAACAUGUGGAGAUAUUACCAAAGCGAAUGAAGGCAACGAAUGAACUCAGCAGCUACCGCUACGCAGCGGUGCUAUAUGCCAAAAACAAAGCCACCCGUCCACUGCGCGUUCACGACGUCGAAGAGAGCUCCUGGGUUGACUUUUCCGCUGCGAGUUUAGAUCGCCAGUCCCUUUUAGAGCUUCUGAGCGGGAAUAAUCAGACCUUAGUCCUUCCAGUAAGCAAUAUUCCCUAUAGCAAAAUUAAUCUGGAACGACAUAUCGUCGAUUUCCUGCAGGAAGGGACGAUGAAGGCUGGUCAUCAUUUUUGGGUCCAGAACAUCCGUCAGCAGGCCGAAGACUGUCCAUCACUGGCAGCAGUUGACUUGAUAGACCUCGCUCAGCAGAUGGACUGGCAAGUCGAGAUCAGCUGGGCCAGGCAACACUCGCAGCGAGGGGGCCUGGACGCAAUCUUUCAUCGUAUCCAACCCGACCGGAAGGGGGCGCGAGUCCUAUUUCGGUUCCCGACUGAUCACCAGGGUCGGCUCAUGAGUACCUUGAGCAAUAAUCCCUUGGAGCUGCGGCUGUGUCAGAAGAUUGAAAAGGAGUUGGCGAUGUAUUUGCGCGCCAGGCUUCCCUCAUAUAUGGUGCCAAAGAUGAUUCGUGUGCUGGACCGGAUGCCAAUUAACAAUAACGGCAAGGUGGACAGGCUGGCCCUUGCACGAAGAACUGAUAUACCUGCGCUGCGCAGAGCUAUCCAAACAAAAUUGUCAUUCCAAAACGACAUUGAGCGUGCACUCUGGGAAGAGUUUACCGACGUACUCGGGGUGGAAGUCGGCAUCACGGACAGCUUCUUUGACUGUGGCGGGCAUUCCUUGAUGGCUACCAAAGUGGUCUCCAGGAUCAACCAUCGACUUCAAUCUAACAUAAAAAUCAGUGAUCUCUUUGCGCGUCCCACAAUUGCGUGCCUCUCUGAGCGAGUCCAGGAGCUCCGUGUUUCCAAUGAGUCCAGCCCUUCCUCGACGGUUCAACCAUUCUCGCUUCUGUAUGAUAACCUCUCGUCCACCAAUUCAAUCGCACUCGGAGAGCUGGGAUUGAGCCCCGGUACUGAGGUUACAGACAUACUUCCGGUGACAGAGGCUCAGGCAUGGUUCCUUACUCAAUGGAGUCGGGUGUCAAAUUUCUUCGUGAUCAGUGGCGAGGUUGAUAUCGGUCGAUUACGGACGGCCUGCGAGGCAGUUGUGCAGAGACAUGCUAUUUUACGCACGCUGUUCACCAAGUUAAACGGCCGCCUUGUCCAGGUUGUCUGUCGAGCUGUCACUAGUCCCUUCGUCCAUCAGCACACUGACGGUGACUUGGGAUUAGCUUGCAGACUCUUUUGCGAGGAUGGUGAUAGGACCCCAUUGGUUCCAGCAAAAUUGCUGACCAGGUUUGCGCUGGUUUCUCGGUCUCCAAGGGAGCAUCUUUUUGUUGUGCAGUUAUCUCAUGCCCAGUAUGACGGACGCUCGCUAGGUUCCAUUCUGUCUGAUAUAUCUUCAGUAUAUGGCGUUGGUUCGCCGUCGCUACCGACCGCAGUACCGUUUACGCAAUAUGUCCAUGCAUGCGUGCUGUGUCCCUCAUCUGAUGCAAUCAGUUUCUGGAAAGAGUAUCUAGGAGGCGCAUCUCUGACUAUUUUGCGUCCAUUGACGGCUUGUGUAGACGCUGAACCUGCAGAUAUCACAAGAGCAGCGGCGGGCGAGCUUCCCACUCCACCAGUUGGCAUCACAAUUCCAACGCUGGUGAAUGCUGCAAUCGCUUUUACACUCGCUAGCCUUGUCAACAGUGACGAUAUCACAUUUGGACUUGUGAUAAAUUCCCGCGAUAUACUUGACCAAGCAGCAGACUCAGUUGUUGGGCCAUGUGUCAACCGCAUCCUCGUCCGCACUCUAUUACAACCGGACUGCACCGUCCUCAACUUUUGUCGCAAGUUGCGUGAUGAAACUGGAAGACUCGCCGCGUACAGUCAACUGAGCUUGCAAGAGGUCAUAGACAAGUGUACCAGUUGGCCAUCUAGCUAUGCAUCUGCCCCAUUCGUGACUCAUCUACCAGAGGAUGCGAGCCCCUCCUUCUCCUUGAAACGUACAAAUAUUUCAUAUAUUUCAACAGCAGUACGCCUUGAUCCAGCCAACCACGUGUUUGUCCGGUCAAGCUCCGUCAACAAUCAGCUCUCCAUACACGUUCUCAGCUCGAGCACUCUGAUGGAUGACAAAGGGAUUUCGUCGCUCGCUUCCCAGAUUGUGAAGACAGCCCAAGCAUUCUGCAACUCACCGCACGAAUGUCUCGGGUUAAUGGGACUCUAA